UCAACUUUUUACUUUACCAGGUAAGGCCGCACUGAACUUUGGAAAUAUUUUUCCAGAAGCGACGAAGCCGUCACAAAUGAUAGCUCGACUCAGUGGGCUUCCCGCGUGGAAAUGUAUGGCAGUGAAAUACUCCUAAAGGCACGUUUCUCAAUGUGGAGGGGAAAAACCGGAGGGCUCUGAGAAAAAAUCCACGCGACCACGGGGAGAGAGAGACGUGCAAACUCCAAAUACAGCGUGCUUCAAAUAAAUGUUAACACUUACAUGGGACUAUCGUUUAUAAUGGAAAAAGAACGGAUAAUACACUGUAACAUGAUAACAAAUGUACGUUAACAGCUUCAAAGAGUCUCCACUUGUCAACACGUGCCUGCAAUCUUCUCCAGGUGGUUUCCAGAGCACCGGAGGACACAUUUCUCGUGCUAUUGUUGCAAACACUCAGGAGUGUUAACAUUUUUUUGAAGCACCCUGUACACAACAGGCGUCAGGGUCGGGAUCGAACCUCCGACCUCCUGCAUACCAGGCGAGCUAGUUGACAUUCUGGUCGCAACCAGGCCCACAGCUGCAGUGUGCUCACACCACUGCUCCUCCUCCUGGACACAAAUGCAUAAUUUGGGGUCUGAAAAAUGUGCCCAUUACUGGCAGCCCCAUGUAUGGUAGCCCUCUGCGUGCGAUGAAUCACCAACGGAUGGAGGGAAACGGCGGUUCGCGUUGGACGUGGCGCCGUGGUGAGUAAUGCACUGCACUGAGAUCAAGAUGAUAUUCCUUCAACGGUUCGCGUUUGCUACAAGGUAAAGUCAUCAUAAUAAUGAUGAUUUUAGAUUUGUAAGGCGCAUUUAAUCCAAAGAUGCCAAAUGCGCCACCGUGUAUGGAAGCAGGGAAAUGAGACAGAGCCAAUAGCCUAAACGACCCACAAUUAUGGGGAAACGGGACAUUUUAAAGACGUUACUUUUCAGGGCAGAUUUAAAUAUUUAUUAAUAUUCUCAUUGUUAGAGGCACCGCGUUCCAAAGACGUGGAGCUGCGCUGUCAUGUCCACACAGCACAGCGGGGAUAUUAUUGCAUCCAAAUUGAAAACGUGUAACCACUGUCCGCCAUGCUUCAUAAAUCUACCUAAUUGUUAAAAGUGUGUGGAUUUCUCUCCAGCGCGUGGCAACCUUAAUACAUUCGGCCGCGUCCGGGUGGAGGAGGGCGUACGACACACAUCAGCGAUGUACUCAACGUGGCCGAUGUGACCCCCAACAACAACAACACAACAAUUGUGAAUCAUGACAACAACGACCAUAACAAUGGGUCUCGAGAAGCUAGCGCGCAUGCGUUCACAUUUUCUACCAACUUAACAAUGGUGACAGGAAAAUAGGAGUCUCGCUCUCUCGGGCACUCUCUUGCAAGCGUUACGCCCCAGCAGAAACCCCAAAGGGCGUUACACGCGAUUAAAAAUAGCGGUCACCCGUUAACUCACUUGUGUGGUCGAACCUCAAGUGAUGACACACUUACACUCGCUCCCUCUCUCUCGCUUUCUUAAGUUUCCCUUCCCCUUAAAACACCCAUUUCCCUCUCGCCUGGCACGCGCGCACACACACACACACUCCUUGCAAGUGGCAUUGCACGGCAGCCACACACACACACUCUUGCGCGUCUUCUUAAAACUCCAGCCGUCCUCGGGUCCCCGCGUUUCCUCUCCGCCGGGUGUCCUCGUAAACGUCGUCUUUCAUCUCGAGGAAGAAUGUCGGCGCAAAGUCUCUUCGCUGCCAUCGCACUGGCCCUGUCGUUGAUCUACGUGGCGCGAGCACAGGACAGCCCUGGCCUGCUGCAGCAGGUGAACGUGUCGGAAGGGGAGACGGCCACCCUCACCUGUGGAUAUAACCCCAGUGUGAUGACCGACGUGUCAGAGGUCAAGUGGCACAUUCAACGGGACCAGGACAUUCCGGUGCCCUGCAUCAACAACAACAACGGCAGCAACAACAACAAGUCGGUGCCGUUGGGCCGCUUCGCGUGCACGUGGCAAGCGUCGGAGGGUCGCGCCUGGCUGGCGAUCGCGCGGGCGAGGCCGGAGGACGCGGGCCGCUACGCGUGCCGCGUGGCGGCCCCCGGGAACGACACCGCGGGCGCGUCGACCCCCGGCACCGUGGUCGACCUGUUCGUGGGAAGGAUCCCCGCCGCCGUCCCGGAUUCAAAAGCGCCGCUCAACAAAACGACGACCCUCCUAGGGGCCAUCACUUCAACUCCCAAGAUGACAGCGCCAAGCAGCGUCCCCGACCUGACCAACGCCACCUCCUCCACCACCACCAACACCACCACCAACACCACCACCAACACCACCACCAACACCACCACCAACACCACCACCAACACCACCACCAACACCACCACCAACACCACCGCCGCCGUGGAGAGCGGAGCGACCGCGGGAGUCGACCCAACCACGGUCGCGGCGGACAGACAAAUCGACACGAAAGCGUUCGCCGCGACCGACGCCUCGGCGAGCCCGAGCGAGAGUCGAGCGACGUCAAUGGGCACGGUGCUCCUGAGAUCGACAGCCACAUCGACCGGGGGAGCGGCGGCAAAGUCUGAGCAGGGGCCCAUUAUCGGCAUCUCCAUAGCGCUGAUGUGCGUCUUCGUGUUCGUUACCAUCGCCAUCUACUUUGUGACCACAAAAGUUUUGUCAAGAUGCACGGGCCGCUCGAGAAGCAUACGCUUGAGUCGCGCCGUAUGAGGCGAGCGAGAGAAGCAGAAUACCGGCGGAGUCAUGAGGAAGACGAUCGCACUCACACACACACUCACACACACACUCACACACUCACACACACUCACACACACACUCACACACUCACUCACACACUCUCACUCACACACACACUCACACACUCACUCACACUCACACACAUACUCACACACACUCACACACUCACACACUCACACACACUCACACACUCUCACACACACUCACACACACUCACUCACACACACUCACACACUCACACACACACUCACACACUCACACACUCACACACACACACUCACACACUCACACACUCACUCACACACUCACACACAUACUCACACACACACACUCACACACACUCACUCACACACACACUCACACACCGAAUGCAUGCACGCGCAUUCACACACGUGGACAAGUCAUUGAGAAAUAUAUAUAUAAGAACAAAAGGUUGUACCGCUCUAAACACGAGGUAAUAUAUAUUAUUUAAAUGGACACGUAAAUGAAACGAUAACAGAAUUGAUUAAAGAGAGAUGAAAAAAUCGACCAAAAAUAUUACGCAAAGGGAGCAAACACAGCGGGCGUUUGUUAGUCUCUUGUGAAAAAAUCAAGUUGGUGAAGGAAGUUGUCCAUUGUUACGCUAAAUGUGUUGCAUCAGAAGCCGCAGGGCUACUCAGGAAUCACGAUGUUCUUCUACCGAUUCUCCGGUGGGUUUCAGCUUUGAAGGUUAGAUUAUUGUCCCUCUGAAUCCAAACAAAUGUCCAAGCUGCACAACCUCCUGACUUGGGUAAACAAUAAAAAUAUAAACACGAGUGGUACAAUUUGUGCGUGCCGCCGUGCGGAGUUUUCGUUACAUGUCAAUCAAACUGCAAUAAGCCACCCCUCAGAUGAGCACGGUUGGUUACGUACUGUGCGAAAGAAGUUCAACAUACAUUUUCAAUGCUGGAAUGUUGAAAUAUUAAGUUAUAUAUUUUUGUUACGUGAUUAUUUUUGCGUGUGCAGCAUUUAAUGGUCAGGCUUAGAUCGUUAGUUUUCGUACGAUGUCGAGCGACAGUUGACAUUUCACACUGCGGGGGUUGAUGAGGCAGAUACUUGUGUGACGAGCAUAUGAGUGGAUGCGUCGCUGCUGCCGUGAUGAUGAUGAUGCCUCUCCUUCCUAUUUGUGAAUCGGGCAAUGGAGUGGUUUUACGUUCCACUCUUCUGACUACAGUCACCGCACACGCCGGAGUUGUGUUAAUUUGCCAUCUGUUUGUCAAGUAUCCGCGUCUGCCGAGACAAAAACCUCGCUACACUCGAGAAACUGAUUUGGUGAUGGACUCGGAUUCGAGCCAAAUGCGUCGGCGGUGUCGGCUGAGCGCUCUGACCUCUCAGCUACGAGGUCGACCCUCUCGUAAUUCGUGAGCGACUGUUGGUGGCUUGGUCAAGAGGUUGACCUUUAGUGGCGUGCGCAUCCCGUGUGUUGAGACUUCAAUUCAGGAUCUCACGGAUGAUGAUGAUGAUGUGGGAAUGAGGCCCUUAGUCAUCUAUGAUACAAGGAAAGUGACAUUUUGUAAUUCAAUUUGUUAACCAAUGCAUAUUGAUGUUUUAUCACUGUUAUAUUUCACGACUGAUUCUUUUUUUUGGACAUAUUUUUCUCAGUAUUUUCAAAUGUCGAUUUUUAACAUACAGUAUUACAUUUCUGCCCAAUUAAAAACAAACUCUAUAUAAAACCAUUUCUGACGUGAAGGGUGUUAUUGUAACUCCCUCCGUUUGCUUGCACACAGCAAUAAACAUAGACACGUUAGUUCAUCACGUGACAACUUUAUUUAUUCCGCCAUGUCAGGUGGAGGAGGACGUACGAUACACACAUUGCCAUUUUAUUCACCCAACCAUUCGACCUAAAAAAGUCAGAUCACUCGCGAAAACGCAGACGCACGUGUCCACGAAUGUUGAACUUCCUUCACACCGCAAAGUACCCAACCGUGCUAAUCGGAGGUGCGGUGGAAGGACCAGGGCCUGAUUAAGGUUCUUGUGGGCCCUAGGCACUUCUGUUUCGUGGGUCUUCAGUGAUUACUUUCUCCAGCUGCUGCUGCUGCUGCUGCCCCAUGUGACGACUACCGUCGCUGUCACUCGCUUGUUUCACGCCGACUUCGUCCAGACGCUGGGCAGAUGUCGGCACUGCUGAUGCGUUCAUUAUUUAGCCUCUGCUCUAAUUCGAUUGGAGUGUGCUGUGUACCGCAGAUAAGCAGAUUUAAUUUGAAAUUAUGGAA